ACUCACGAUAUCUUUUCCCCACAAAUUAAAUUCUGUUCCGUUUGGCACCUCUGAAUAAAAUCGCGGGAAUCAAUGGAGCCAUGGCUGCCGUUGCUCCGCCACCUCCUCGCCUCCCCGGCCCCCAACGCCGCCGCCUUCUCCUCCUCCUCCUCCUCGAACAACUGCCCCAGCUCUGCUCCGCCGGCCGCGGGCCUCCUCCGCAUCCUCCUCUCCCCGGUGCCCACGCUCCCCGCCUCCGAACCCACCACCGUCCUCUUUCAGACCCUCCCGCCCUUGCUGCAAUCCCAGGCGCUCUCCUUCCUCUCAUCCUCCGCCCCCCUCCUCGACCCGAUCCAGGUCCGCUCGCUGGCCUCUCGCGUCCUCUCUGCUCCGCCUGGCCGGUAUCAAUUCUGGGUCCGCCAGGGCGCCCGCCACCUGCUCGACGGAUUGCCUGACAAAGACGCCCCUGAUGUCCCCUCGGAGUUUAUCGAGGAGUUCCACGAGCCACCGCCGUGGCUUAAAGAAGCAGCAGCUCGGGCACGUCCUGUCCUGCCGUGGCUGCCUCUUGAUUGCCGAAACGUGAUGCCCGUUGCAGAUGGUUUAGAUGGAGUUCGGUUAGAGUCUCUGGAGUUGGAGCAGGACGAGUUUCCGGUCAUCCAGGUGGUCGGGCGUCCUCCGGCUCCUCCACUUGGUGUUUCAGUCGUCCAUAGGGCUCAAGCACUGCGGAAGGAGAUUGAGUUGGCAGAUUCGGUUUUGGACGCUCAGCAGGUGGCGAAAGACUUGCAUGUUCUUUGUCUAGAAUCCGGGAAUGCUGAGGCAGUACUUAGCUUGGUACAGCCAUGGGGUGCGGAUGAUGACACCGUGAGGGUUCUGCUUUCACAUUUGGUACUUGAGGAAGAUGGGAUGCAUGGAAAAGGGCCGGCACUUGUGCUGUGUUCUCUUGUCCUGCCGAAGUUACUUGGCCUUCAGAGAGCAGCUUCAUCUGGUCUUAUUUCGGCUGCGUUGGAUAUCUGCAAACGUCACCCGGCUGCUGCAGUGGAGGCUGUCCUCUUUCCACUAGUUCUUAGAAAGGAAGGGCUAAAUGUUCCUCAGUGUGAUGUGCUCACGCGGAUUGUCAAGGAUUGUAUGCAUCCCUUGCAUGUCAAGGCCUUCUGUCACAGGCUGCUUUCGGGGGAGGAGGAAGAGCGGAGACCAGUUUGUAUGCCUCAGCAUCGGGAAAAUAUUGGUAUUGAUUUGGUCUGGACAGAAUCUAUCUUUGUGCUCUUCAACGGCAUUCUCAAUCAAGACAUUCGCCUGACACCAAGCACCAUCGAGAAGCUAGUGUCCAUAAUUGAUAGGAUGGCAAUGAAGUUCCGGAAGUCACUUAAAUUUGGUAACUUUUUUCUGUGCUUUGUCUCCAAGUGUUGGCAUGAAUGCAAGAUUCAUGGACUUUUGCUUGAGAGAGCUGCUGACACAACCGACACUUUCUUGACUAAAGCUAUAUUAGCAAAAAUGCGGCCUACGAGUUGAAGCGCCUUCUUGAAUUGUUUAGAGGUAUCAUGGAGAAGUAAAAGUGUUUCUGCUCUCUUCUCGCCAUAUAGCUCAUCCAUCUUUAUCACUGGAAUUUCCAUUUCCUGAAACACUGGAGUAUUGAAGUCUAACCAAAUGUGCUACUCUUCUCAAGUUGAUCUGCUAUAGCUACAGCAAGGUAGGUAUUUAUAAUGGCCUAGAUAUGGACAUUGGAAAAUAUAUGUUUCCAGAUUUCAAGACAUGAUAUGGUUUGAAAAUGGAAGAAACCUUUACUUUCCUAUGGUGCAUAUGACAAGCAUGUCCCUGUUAAAAAAAAAAAAAUACAAGCAUGCCCAGAUACAGUUCACUA